GUCUUUGCCAGCAGCUCGGUGCGAGUGAACCACGGAUAGCUGAUAUCAUCGAGAGCAUGGGCGUCAUAUACAAAAUACUAAAGCAACAGCGCCAGCUGCAGCAGCAGGAGAUGCUUGAUCAGCAGCAGCAGCGGCGCAGCCUCAGCUUGGAGCUGAACACGUCGACCAAGUGCAAGGUGCAGGCGGCCAUUAGGCAGCGCCAACUGCUCCGCCUGGAGCAGCGCACACAGCAGGAGCACGAUGAAUCCCUGGCCGAGCAGCAGCUGCAGCAGCUCUGUCGAUUUCUCGCCGAGAAUGCGGCGCGCAAAAAGCGCCAGCGCCUCAAGCUCCAGCAGGAUCCAUGCAAUCGAAUGAGUGCUCAUCCUUGUGAGCCUGCUCCACACUCAGUGGCUGGCACGCACGACAUGGAUCUGCUGAUGGAACAGUUGAGCACAUGCAGCGAUGCGACGCCCUCGACCUCGCCCACGCCCUCGUCCUCGCCAUCGUCCUCGCCCUCAUCCUGGCCGCCACAGAGCAACAGAGCCGCCGGCUCGGCAGCACCACGCGUCAGCAUCCUGCUGAAGAUCCGCCAUCAAAUCUUUGAGCGCAAGCGUCAGCGGCAGCGCCAGCUGGCGGAGCUGGUGAAGCAGCGUCUGGUGGUCUGGCGACCAUGGUAGACCACCCUCAGCACUGCCCACCGUUAGCUGUAACCAAUGAUCACUGUAUAUUCCUCUGCCGUGUGAUUCUUACAUCGUUCUUCCAUA